AUGGGGCAGAUAGGAUUGAGUGCGUGUACAUGCAUACACUGCGUGCAAACCUCGAAUACAAGCAGCUUACCCAUACAUUGGUCAUUUCUGAGUGUGUGCCUCAACUCGCCUCAAAGAGCUGACAGAUCCUUGACACAGAUUGCCCCGGCACUGACUUGGACAUCCGCAUGUUUUUCGUUGAGCUGGUGGAUGAAUCUUCGCGCUAACACGGCUGGCUCCAGCUCCCGGCUUAGAAGGUUUUAG